AUGACAACUAGACGUGCUCGUUACACGCCGCUUGCCACGGAUGAGGAUGAUUAUUCUGGUGACCAAAAUAGACCAUUUGACCCUCGAUUUGAUUACACGCCGAGAUCCUUGGACAGAGUUCCUUGGAAAUCUAUUGCCCUUGCACUCUUUCUGUUGUUUCUUGGUACCGGACUUCUGUUUCUUUCGUACUUUAUUUUCACCGGUCAUAUGGGGGGAGAACGGUCUCAAGCUUAUGGCCUUUUAGCAUUAGGAUUUCUGAGCUUUCUCCCAGGGUUUUAUGAGACUCGUCUUGCAUAUUAUGCAUGGAGGGGUGCCAAAGGAUUUCGCUUUUCCGCAAUCCCUGAUUACUAG